UGACAGUCUUUUACACGUGCUGCUUUGGACUUUCAACACUUUAUCAUGGCUUCGUGGCGAGAAUAAUCAACAGUUUCGUUUUUUUUCUCUCCAAACUUCGUUUUUGUGCUUAAUUCGCGCGAGUUGUUUGUGAGAUUGAGUUCAUACAGAAUGGAGAGGUACGACUGCGGUCCUUUCAGCAGGGGUACCACAGACGACUCACUUCCCUGAGCUGAUGGAGCGGGAAAUAAAAGGCUAAUUCUUUUUGGUUGUAGAGGUAAAGGAACAAGAGGUGAACGGCGGGAAGGUGCUACCAUGGAGGGCCUUGUCUGAGGUGGAUUCAUCAUUGUACUCCUGAUUGACAUCUGAAUUAGCAUAACAUUUGAGUGGUAACAAUCAUGACUGAAAGGGCAACCUUUGGGGCUCAGAGGGUCUCACGGCCACAGGGCUCACUCCCGCCAGAACCCAUCGACAUUAUCCGGACAAAAGCCAGAUCCAGAAGAGUCCGGAUUAAUGUGGGUGGGCUGGUCCAUGAGGUGCUAUGGAGAACCCUCGACCGACUGCCGCGAACCCGUCUGGGGAAACUCAGAGACUGCAACACCCACGAAACCUUAAUGGAGAUCUGUGACGACUACAGUCUAAAUGAUAAUGAGUAUUUCUUUGACAGGCACCCAGGUGCCUUUUCCUCCAUUUUAAACUUUUACCGAACUGGCAAGCUACACAUGAUGGAAGAGAUGUGCGCUCUGUCUUUUGGUCAGGAGCUUGACUACUGGGGCAUCGAUGAGAUCUAUCUGGAGUCGUGUUGCCAGGCACGGUACCAUCAGAAGAAGGAGCAGAUGAAUGAAGAGCUGAGGAGAGAGGCUGAAACUCUCAGGGAGAAGGAAGGAGAUCAGGUGGACACGGGCUGCUGUCCAGACAAAAGGCAGAAGCUCUGGGAUUUGCUGGAGAAACCAAGCUCUUCUGUAGCGGCCAAGAUUUUGGCCAUAAUAUCAAUUCUGUUCAUCAUCCUUUCAACCAUUGCACUGUCACUGAACACCCUGCCGGAGUUACAAGUGACUGAUGAAUUCGGCCAAUCCAACGACAACCCGAACCUGGCCCAUGUUGAAGCCAUUUGCAUCGCCUGGUUCACUAUGGAGUACCUUCUGCGAUUUUUGUCUUCACCCAACAAGUGGAAGUUCUUCAAAGGGCCUCUGAAUGUGAUCGACCUGCUGGCUAUCCUUCCUUAUUACGUCACAAUAUUCCUCACCGAAUCCAACAAGAGUGUCCUCCAGUUCCAGAAUGUGCGCAGGGUAGUUCAAAUCUUCCGGAUCAUGAGAAUCCUGCGAAUUCUGAAACUCGCGAGACACUCGACUGGUCUCCAGUCUCUUGGGUUCACUCUUAGAAGAAGCUACAAUGAACUUGGGCUUCUGAUAUUGUUUUUAGCCAUGGGCAUCAUGAUCUUCUCCAGUUUGGUGUUCUUUGCUGAGAAAGAUGAAGAUGCUACGAAAUUCACCAGUAUUCCUGCUUCAUUCUGGUGGGCAACAAUUACCAUGACAACUGUAGGCUAUGGGGAUAUCUAUCCCCAAACCCUUUUGGGCAAAAUAGUGGGUGGUCUCUGUUGUAUCGCUGGUGUGUUAGUGAUUGCUCUGCCCAUUCCCAUUAUUGUGAACAACUUCUCCGAGUUCUACAAAGAGCAGAAGCGACAAGAAAAGGCUAUCAAACGAAGAGAAGCACUUGAGAGGGCCAAGAGGAACGGGAGCAUUGUAUCUAUGAACCUGAAAGAUGCUUUCGCUCGCAAUAUGGAGCUAUUGGAUGUUGUGAUAGAAAAGAAUGAGGACAAGGGCGCAGACAAUCAUCUUUCACCCAGUCGCUGGAACUAUCCAAAGAACCCAAACCCUGACUCGAAAUAUCAAGAAAUAGGUCAGUUGGCUUCUCCAGAACGAUUAUUCAAACCUACUUCAAGCCCUCAGCAUCUGAACGCGAAAUCCCUUGAGCAAAUGUACAACCAGAUGACGGCUGCCUCAUCCGUGAGCAGCAGCGGACAAUCGGCUUCCAAAGCGAUCACUGUUGGAAGAGAAGAAGAGAUGGAGAUGAAAGUAGUGCAGCGUGAACCACGGCACAAAGAGAGACCCAACACUGAGAUAAGAAGCCUGUCCAGCGUUGACAGUUUCGCCAGCUGUGCCACAGACAUCAGUGAGGUAGAGAGAAGCGCGCUACUGCCAAAUUUGGCAGGAGCGCAGACAAGGCACCCACGUGCUCCUCCGCCGCUCGACCUCAGCCAGAUCACCUCCCUGGAGAAACGGGCUCCUGAGAAAGCAAAGCAGCCCGCGAUCAUCAAAGAAGGCCUCUAUGAGUUUGUCCAGUGCAAGUCAGACAGCAGCGCCAUGUCACAGGGUGAGGAGAACCAAAGCUUUGAUCCGAGUGAUGAAAACAUCCGGAGCCCCCCACGAGGAAACCAAGUCAAAGCGAAGGGACUCAAAGUGAACUUUACAGAAUCUGCAGACGAAGGGGUUUCCAAUUUGCACUUAGUCGUGACGGAUGACGCAGCCACACCGACACCAAAGCUACCGGUAUCUGAUCCAUUACUGUUGGUGGGUUCUCCUCGGCACACUCCCAGAUCCCCAGGGAAAGGCUUUGAAGGAGAUGGAGCCACAAGCUCUCCAGGUUUCAGCCUGUCAUCUUCUGAAAGCCAAAGAGGGAGAAACCACGUCGAUAGAGCCGCAGUUACUCCCACCUCCCCUAAAAGUGCACCAAACUGUGCAUUUUCCACGGUUGGUGCCAUUGGAGCAGAAGACAACAUUCAAAGUGGACAGAAGGUGGACAACCACCUCCUUUCACCUGAUAUUCUCAAGUCUUCAGGGGAGGGAGGCCGCUCACCACCGUGUGAAUCUAGCAUGUGAUGCGAUGUGUUGCAUUAACAUGUUCACAGAACGAAUGCAUCAAAGUAUGUGGACAGAAAAAAAGCAUACUGAUGUAGUGAAGGGGAUUUCCUUUUGUCUUUCUCCGGACUGCAUAGCCGCAGAGAUUGACUUUAUGAUCCUGAGAGAGAAGGUCUGCACUCAAAUUCAAGAGCUUAGUGACAUUCAUACAGAGGGAGGACAUUAAAAAACAAAGCAUACUCUUAUUAUUCUAUCAUUAUUUUUUAACAGUAAGACCCUCCAUGUGAAGUAUUAGUAAGCAGAAUCAUAUAUCUUUUGAAUCAUAGACCGAUUCAGACAACUGUGAUAAGAUACCACAAAUGGUUCAUUGUCAUUUACAGGCCACUGAGCAGUUGUUGUGCAUUCACAAUACUGUAACAUUUGUGUUGGGUUUGUUUAAUAGUUCUGACCAAAAUGCUACCAGCGUAAUUUGGCAGUCAGCAUUUGACUUGAAAUAAUAUUUUUGAUCAAACUAUGCCUUCAUUUGAUAUUAUUCCUCAGCGGUCAUAUGUGAAGCAACACGAUUUUCAGUUCUUUCUGCAUAUGUGGAUCAAAUCAAAUCCAAUUUUUAUCUUUAAUCAUCCCGUUGGGAAAUUAAUAGAAAAGAGAGAGAGAAAAAAAACGCACCAAAAUAAAAUAAGUCAGUACUAAAUAUUCUGAUAUCUAUAUGAGCAUGUCCGUUUCAGUGAAACACAGGUUCAAGUGUUUCCAUUUGCAUCAUUUUAAAGUUGAGCUAUAGUCUGCAAAAAAAAAUACUACAUACAUUCUUUAACAUAGUUUAGCAUGGUUACUGCUGUGGGCAGCUCUCCACAUCAGUGAAUCUGUAUAACAGUAAGGAAAGAUCAUUGUUUGAGUUGCCUUCAAAUCAGAAUCAGCUGAGGGAAACCUGACAGCCAUAGUAAAUCAACUAUGCCCUCUGCUGGAUGAAGGAAAUGGCACUUUAUUUCUACAAGAUGUCAGCUUGACUGGAUGGGAAUAUUGUACAUUAAAGAAUGUUAUUUUAAUGUUCCUCUCUUGAUGUGCAAUACAGUUGACCGGGUAACAAAGAGGUCAUUAGAUAUCAAAAGCUCAAAGCAGAACCCUGAGUGUAUUAAUUGUAUAGUAACUGUACAUUCAAUACAUUAUCAGCUACAUUCAUUUAGUGUAGAAACACAGGUACACAAGUUGGCAACCAUACUUAAGUGAUUUUUAAAACAAGGCAGGAACACAAAACCUAUUUUAAGUAUUAAAAUCUGUGCCUUUUCAUAAACAGUCAUUUAUGAGAAGGCGUUAAGAUCUUUGGUUUGGUUCAGACAGGUCUGUACAGAACGUCCUACUUUAUAUAGAGUAAAAUAUGCAAAUAUAUUCAAAUUCUCAGGUUUUUUUCUUUAUUUUUUGUAAUCUUGAAAGCCCCAUUUCUGUAUGCGAAAAAUAUUGUUUGCUGUUCAUAAAGUAAUGGAACAGAACACUGGACAUAACUCAAGCGCUGAACAAUCAUCCACUUGCACAAGGGUUGAGCAUAGUUCAAUACAACUUUACUAUUGUAUGUACGUUCCAAAACAGACUUUAAUUUCUGCAUAUGAAAUGUUUUUCAUUAAGUUUGGAUCCUAGUUGAUAUAUCAGUGACAUUGUUUAUAGUUGUACAUCUUUACUUUGAAAUAGUAACUGCAUUGUUCCAAAUACCUAGAACGACCAUUAAAUAAAUGUUUGUACAGGA